AUGGUGUUAAAAGAACGUCUCGACAUCACCAUCGUCGGCGCCGGCCUCAGCGGCAUCGCAGCAGCAAUCUCCUGCGCCGCCUCAGGCCACUCAGUCCGAAUGGUCGAGCAAGCCAAAGAACUCGCCGAAGUAACAUCCAACCCAUACACUCAUUACAUGCACAACUCUAAUCACAGGCAGGUCGGAGCCGGCCUCCAAAUAACCCCCAACGCCUCACGUCUCUUCAACUACUGGCAACUUCCAUCUUCAAUCUGGGAAACAGCCGCAGAGCCAAAAUCCGUAACGGUACAUCGGUAUUCAGGGCAGGUCCUUGCACAUGAGGACAACUUUGGCAUAAAUAUCCGCGAAAAAUACACAGCGCCGUUCGUGGACCUGCACAGGGUUGAUCUACAGCAAGCCCUUUUCGCGCGCGCAAAACAGCUAGGCGUGACAUUUCAUUUAAACGAGCGCGUUGAGCGGAUUGACUUCAAUACUACAACUGUACAUGCAGCCUCCGGAAACACAUACACCGGCGAUCUAAUAAUCGCAGCAGACGGUCUCUGGUCCCGCUGUCGAGAGUGCUUCCUGGGCCGCAAAGAUGAGCCCCUACCCACGGGCGACCUGGCAUAUCGGAUCGUGCUAUCUGUGGAGCAGAUUGAGGACCCGGAGUUGAGGAAGCUGGUUGAGAACCCGGAGGUGCAUUUCUGGGUUGGACCGGGGGCGCAUGCGGUUGCUUAUUCGCUGCGCGGGGGGAGGAUGUUUAAUGUUGUGUUGCUUGUGCCGGAUAAUUUGCCGCCCGGGGUGGCGAGGGAGGUUGGGUCGGUCGAGGAGAUGAGGGGGUUGUUUGGGGGAUGGGAUCCUAUUUUGACUCGGUUUCUGAGUCAUGUGGAUCAUGUUGAUAAGUGGAAGUUGAUGCAUCAUGCUGAGAUGGAAACCUGGGUGAACGAAAAAUCCAACCUAGUUUUCAUUGGCGACGCUUGUCAUCCCAUGCUGCCCUAUCUUGCUCAAGGAGCGAACUCCUCCCUCGAAGAUGGCGCCGUUCUGGGCCAUUUGCUGGGGCAUAUGAAGAACAAAUCCCAAUUACCGGAAAUACUCCGAUUAUAUGAGAGUCUGAGAAAGUCAAGAGGGGAGGCUAUUGUCAGGGAGACAUUUAAGCAGCGACACGACUUCCAUAUGCCCGACGGCGAAGAACAAAGGAAGCGAGAUGAGAUCUUUCUCUCGCAGUUGGGAAAGGAGAUCAAGGGUGCUUUUCCCAGUCGGUGGACAUGUCCUGAAGUGCAGCCAUGGCUGUAUGGAUACGAUGCCAUCAAGGAGGCUGAGGACGCUGUUGGGAGGAACAUGGAGAUGUUUAAAUCGGUUUUGUGA